ACCUAGACCUCCCUGCAGUGCAGAAAGCCCCCUAUCAGUGAUAACGGAAGCCCAGUGCGCAGGAAUAGGAGCAGGCUGUGCUCUGAGCAUGCUCAAUGUCAGUCAUGGGAAUAGCUUGAAGAAGAGCGGACGGUGUCAGGCGGCGGGAGAAGAUUGUGAUACAGGGUAGAAAAGGAGAUCACGGCACUGGGGCCCGGCAACUUUAUCAAAUCCUGCAGGAGGCCUGAGGCUCUGAAUAAGAGCUCACAGGCCCCGUGUUUACCCUGCGGGCGGGUCAGGCCCUGGGGGAGCGGGCUCAUUGACCGCCAUCUUGUGAGUGGGAGUCAGGGCGGAUCAGGGAGGUGGUGUUUCCUCCCUAGGGAGGACCAGGGUUCCCCAGGCAACCGGCUGUCCGCCGUCUUGGUGAGGAGGAAACGCAGGGCAAGUAGACGGCCAUGUUGGUGAGGUUACUGAGUGGGCAGGGUUUCAGUGUCUGUGAUCAGGAGAAGAUCUGAUUGUACGAGCUGGAGAAACAAACAUGGAGGGGAAUGGAGUCAGCUGGAAGUAGCAUGAAGAGAUAGUGCGAUAGAUUUGGAUUUAAAGGUCUUGGGGAAAUAUACGAAAAAAGUGCUGCAUAGAACUUAGAAUUAACUGCUCUGAGUUUCUAUCUUGUAUUGACGAUAAAUUUUGUAAAUUCCCUCUGCAGGAUAUUAGAAGGGGAGGAUUUGCAAACAGGAGACAUCACUAGGAUCUGAACAUCAUCACCCUUUGAUCGAGGGUGUUCCUGUGCCCCGACUGUGGCAAACCCUCCACUUGCUAUACAUUCUGAAAAUACAUUGCCCCAUUCAAAGUCGGAGAAAUUGUUAACAUGUUCUGCUUGUGAACAAGGCUUCGAUUAAUUGCUCAAACAGGAGAGACACGAGGACAGCAGUGCCAUGGAGAAACCAUGGAAAUGUGGUGACUGCGGUAAAGUGUUCAAUUACCGAUCGCGUUUGGAAUAUCAUCAACGCAGUCACAAUGUGGCUGACACUAAAAAUAAACCAUGGAAAUGUGAGGAUUGUGGUAAAGGAUUCAAUUAUCCAUCCCUGCUGGAAAUUCAUCGACGCACUCACACUGGGGAGAAGCCAUUCAUAUGCUCCAUAUGUGGGAGGGGAUUUUCUAAGUCAGCCAACCUCAUGUUACACCAGCGAGUUCACACUGAGGAGAGACCAUUCACCUGCACUUAUUGUGGGAAAAGAUUCAGACAGUCAUCCACCCUCACUGCGCACCAACGACUUCACACUGGGGAGAGACCAUUCACCUGCUCUGUGUGUGGGAAAGGAUUCACUCAGUCCUCUGUGCUGAUGAUACACCAACGCACUCACACAGGGGAGAAGCCAUUUACCUGCUCUGUUUGUGGGAAAGGAUUCACUCAGUCAGCUAACCUGGUAGUACACCAACGAAUUCACACUAAGGAGAGGCCUUUCAGUUGCACAUCCUGUAGAAAGAGAUUCAAAUCUUCAUCAGAACUCCUGUCACACCAGCGAGUUCAUAUUGGUGAGAGACCAUUCACUUGCUCCUUGUGUGGGAAGGGAUUCACUCAGUCAUCUGCCCUGCUGACACACCAGCGAAAUCACACUGGGGAGAAACCAUUCAGUUGCUCUGUGUGUGGGAAGGGAUUCACUCAGUCUGCAAACCUUGUGGUGCAUGAGCGAAUUCACACCGAGGAAAGGCCAUUUAGCUGCACUCAAUGCGGAAAGAGUUUCAGGCAGUUAUCCACCCUCACUGCACACCAGCGGGUUCACACUAGGGAGAGACCAUUCACUUGCUCUGUGUGUGGGAAGGGAUUUACUCAAUUAGCCAGCCUUACGUUGCACCAGCGAAUUCAUCGUGAGGAGAGGCCAUUCAGCUGCACUCAUUGUGGGAAAGGGUUCAGGCAGUCUUCUGACCUCACUGCACACCAGAGAAUCCACACUGGGGAGAAACCAUUUAUCUGCUCUGUGUGCGGGAAGGGAUUCACUCAUUCAUCUGGCCUUUGGUCACACCAACGAGUUCACACUGAGGAAAAGCCAUUCAGCUGCAGCGCUUGUGGAAAGGGAUUCAGGCAGUCAUCCUACCUCCGAUCACAUCAGCGGGUUCACACAGGAGAGAAGCCAUUCACCUGUUUUGUGUGCGGCAAGGCAUUUGCUCGGUCUUCAAACUGCCUGAUACACCAGCGAAUUCACUCUGAGGAGAAUCCAUUCAGCUGCGUCUUCUGUGGAAAGAGUUUCAGACAGUCAUCUACCCUCAACGCACACCAGCGAGUUCACACGGGGGAGAGACUGUUUACCUGUUCUACAUGUGGGAAGGGAUUCCCUUGGUCAUCCCAACUGCUGACACACCAGCGAGUUCACACUGGGGAGAGGCCGUUCACCUGUUCCACAUGUGGAAAGGGAUUCACCCGGUCCUUCAACCUAAUGUUACAUCAGCGAGCACAUACAUGUCAUCAGGGUUUGGAAUCUGCUGUUAUUGAUGCUAGCUGUAGAUCUUCAAACACGUUCACUGAACACAAGCGAAUUCACACAGGGCAUAAACCAUUCAGUUGCUUCAUGUGUGGGACGAGAUUCUCUCAGUUACUCGCUCUCCAGUCACACCAUCAUUUUCACACAAAGGAAAAAUCCAGUCCACUGCACAUCCUGUGGAAAGACGUUCAGGCAGUCAAUGGACCUCAAAGAGCACCAACGCACCACACUGGCAAGAAGCCAUUCACCUGCUCUGUGCGAUUUUUGAACAUGGAAGAAAAUAGCACUGUUCACCAAUGCAGUCACACUGAGGAGCAACUGUUGAAAUGUGGUGUCAGUGAGGAGGAAUUCACUUACCAAUCUGAGGUGGAUACUCAUCAAUAUACUCACACAAGGGAGAAGCCUUUAACUUGCUCUGUCUGUGGGAAAGGAUUCACUCAGUCAUCCAGUCUGCUGACACACCAGCGGGUUCACACUGGAGAAAGACCAUUCAAAUGCACAGACUGUGAAAAAUGUUACAAACGCUCUGGAGAUCUGAUGUUUCAUCAACGGGUUCACACCAAUGAGAGACCCUUCAGGUGCUUUCACUGUGGGACUGGGUUCAGGCAAUCAUCUCAACUCACAGUGCAUCAGCGAAUUCACACUGGGGAGAGGCCAUUCAUCUGCUCCAUGUGUGGGAAGGGGUUCACUCAGUUAUCCCACGUGCUGAGACAUGAGAGAGUUCACACUGGAGAGAGACCUUAUAAAUGCUCAGACUGCGGGAAAUGCUAUAAAAGCUCUGGGGAGCUGAUGUCCCAUCAACGUGUUCACACUGAUGAGAGACCCUUCAGGUGCUGUCACUGUGGGACUGGAUUCUGGCUGUCAUUUGACCUGACUAAACACCAGCGAAUUCACACUGGAGAGAGACCGUUCAUCUGCUCUGAGUGCGGAAAGGGAUUCAGUCAGUCAUCUCAGCUCCUGACACACCAGCGAGUUCACACUAGGGAGAGACCAUUUACUUGCUCUGAGUGUGGGAAGGGAUUCACUCAAUCAUCUGACCUGCUGACUCACCAGCGAGUUCACACUGGAGAGAAGCCGUUCAAUUGCUCCGAAUGUGGGAAGAGAUUUACUACAUCAUCGCACCUGCUGAGUCACCGGCGAAUUCACCUGAAGCUACAGUGAUGGGAUUUUGCUGAUGGUCACUUCCUGGAAUGAACGGUGUUUGUUUGGUUCUGUUUCUACUGAUGUUAAUAAACUCCAGUCCAGUUAUAGGUGUUAGAAU